GGUACAUGAUGUUAAGGGUUGAACGGCCUCUAAGCCACGCGGCUAAGCGACCUGCCGCUGUCUUUGUGCUCUGUACCUACUUCAUGGAAACCGCGCCAGAAGUUCUUCAACAGCUUCUAUCCGCAUUCUGGUGAUCGAAGACUCCGCGGAGUCCCGCCCCCCUCAACACUCACAGCAGGCUCUUCGCAGGAAGUCCGCCACCAUGGACCAACUCAGCGCCGUCAUCACGGAGAUGAUGAGGCUGUACCCAGAUCCCAAUGGCGCACGGCCGAUAUCAAACUAUCCUGUGACGAUGUAUGGAGUCACCAUCACCUUCCAUAUCCUCAGUUGGGCAGCUGUGGGCUUCCGUCUUCACACACGCUUGAGAGUUGUGCGUGAGCCUUGGUGGGACGAUUUCUUUGUCUUUCUGGCGGCGAUUGUCAACUUGGUGUCUGUAAUCGCGUUCCUUGGGGGUGUCAAAUAUGGUCUCGGUCAACACCUCGUCUACAUGAUUGGGUCACUCCCGACCAUGAUGAAAUACCUCUACGUCACCACCGCCGCCUACCACACAACCACCGCUCUUAUCAAGGUCUCCCUGUUACUGCAGUAUCUCCGCCUCUUUCGCCAGGGCAUCCUUCGCUACAUCGUCCUGGGCUUAUUGGUCACAGUGGCGGCCUGGGGUGUGGCUUUUUCUUUCAUGGCUUGGUUUCCUUGUCUACCGCCCUCCGGGUUCUGGAAUCGCACGGCCACUUCCAAGUGUUAUGGAUUUGGUUAUCGGACGUUGGAAGAAGUCAAGAUCACACUGUUCGUCUUUGCAGGCACCAACAUGUUCUUCGACGUCGUAAUCUUCCUGAUCCCCCUCACCGAAUAUUUUAGGCCAGGGCUCAGGAAGAAACAGAUACUCGCAAUGACUGGAUUGUUCGCAAUGGGUUCGCUGGUUGUGUUAAUGGCCGCCCUUCGGUUAUGGAGCACGUUCAAGCACAGCGCAGAUGCUAUCAAGAGCUUCGACUUUACGUGGUGGUAUCCAGAAGUGCUCAUCAUCAGCUGUCUGGAAAUCGACUUUGCGAUCAUCUGUGCAUCGAUGCCCAUCUUCUGGCCGACGGUGAUAGCAAACUGGAGCGCCAUCUUUGUUACAAAGGAAGUACACGUUGUACACCAAGACCGAGUCCAAGACUUCGAGAUGGGCCGACCUACGUCACUCAAAAGUACGGCUAGUCAGGAGGGCUUGACGAAGCUGCCCAGUGGUGAACAACUUUACUAUAAUGACUUCGGGGAAGAUGCGAAUACACGGAAAAGUCCAGCUUUGACGGUAAGCGAGCGAGAAGCUUCAUCAAAACGCGUAGUCUAGAUAGCUACCAAAAUUGAGAUAGGGUUACGUUCAC